GCUUUCUUUUCCACUCUCUCACUGGAAAUGCUCUUUUUCUCCUAUACUCUUUGUUGUUGCUUAUCUAGUUGUCAUUGUAUUUGCGGGUUUUUCUCAUCUUGUCCUGCAAGUAACUAGGGUUUUCCGUUUUCUCUCUGAACUCUCACAUCCAAUAGUGAAUUCCCAAGACUUCUAUCCCGGUGCUUGUAGACUUCUUUUUCACUGGCAUUAUUAAAGAAUAGAUCCUGAAAGACCCUUCUGCAAGAGAGAAAAAAAAUAAAGGUAUUGAUCUAAAUUACAAUAUCCUUUGUUCAAUUAAACCUAGCUAGCUGUACAAGGGUUUUGGUUUUUGGAAAUUUUUGGAAGGAACGAAAUUCUGGGUGUGAAUGAUGUAUCAUCCAACUCAAAGAGUUGAAAAUAGAGAAAACUUUCACAUGUCAUAUCCACAAAUAAACUGAAAAGAUUCCUGAGAAGAUCAUGGCCUCUUCUAGCUACUCGAAUUCUCCCUGUGCUGCCUGCAAGUUUUUGAGAAGGAAAUGCAUGCCUGAUUGCAUAUUUGCCCCAUAUUUCCCUCCAGAAGAGCCUCAAAAGUUUGCCAAUGUUCACAAGAUAUUUGGUGCAAGCAACGUGAGCAAACUUCUGAAUGAAGUCCAACCCCACCAAAGAGAGGAUGCAGUGAACUCUCUGGCCUAUGAAGCUGAGGCACGGAUAAAGGAUCCAGUUUAUGGCUGUGUUGGGGCCAUUUCAGUGCUCCAAAGGCAAGUCAUUAGGCUCCAAAAGGAACUUGAUGCCACAAACGCUGAUUUGAUCCGCUAUACCUGCAAUGAAAUGCCAACUACUCAAGAUGGGAGAAGAAUUGCUGAUAGUGGAGCUUCUUCUCUUGCUCAAUCUCCUGGUUAUUAUUACCCUUCUCCUUGGAACAAUGAUCCACUUGGGGAUGGUUAUCACAGAGGUGACAAUAAUAUGUGAUUUAGUUUCAACCAUCUUAAUUAACUAGUAUGAAACUCAUCCUAUUAUCCCGUUAGGGUUUCUUAUUGUAUAGUAUUUAAGAUCAUGGGGUGGUAUAGUCAUAGUGUGGUUCUAUAAGGGGCGCAUAAUAAAUUAAUAAUGUAUGUUCUUGUGAGGGUGCCCUUCAUAUUUCAUAAAAUUAAUGUGUCUAUUGUUAUGAAUGUAACUGAACUUGUACGUCUCUUAGCAGGCAAAUAAAUGAGAAUUUCGGAUCAUAAUAAAACCCAAUUGUUAUGU